AUGCGUGCUCACAUUUUGGUCCUUCUGCCUCUGGCAGGUUGUGCAUUUGCCAGCUUCUAUGGCAAUUCUCCAGCCUACACCGUCCCUCUCGAUGAGUCCCAGGUCCAAGAGGCAGUUGAGGCAGCUGUGAGCAUUCGCGAUGCUCCCAACAAUGUUGACUACCGCUGCGGUCCCAAGAUUGGCAAAUGCCCUAUCGAUACAUGCUGCUCCAGCGCAGGCUUUUGUGGCACAUCCAAGGCGCACUGUCGUUCUCCAGACUGCAAGAUAGACUACGGCCAUUGUGACGCUCACAAGUCACCCUACGGACCUCCCACCACGGACAUCAUGCGGCCUCACAUUGGCCAGGUCCCAUAUGGCCCGAAGGAGAUUCGCUCAUGCUCUAUUCCCGGAACCGUCGCGUUGACCUUCGACGAUGGCCCUACCCGUUACACCGGCGAUCUGCUGGAUUUGCUUGAUCGGUAUGGUGCAAAGGCGACGUUCUUCAUCACCGGCAUCAACAAUGGCAAGGGUCAAAUCGAUGACUUCAGCUUGCCUUGGGCAUCCCUGAUCGAACGCAUGCAAUCGAGUGGCCAUCAAAUCGCCAGUCACACCUGGUCACACGAGGAUCUCAGCAAGAUCACUCCCUCACAGCGCCGUGAGCAGCUGGAGAAGAACGAAGCAGCUCUGCGAAACAUCAUCGGCAGUUUCCCUACCUACAUGAGGCCUCCGUAUUCCAGCUGCAGUCCUGACACAGACUGUGGAAACGAAAUGGGCAAGCUUGGAUACCACAUCGUUUUGUACGAUAUUGACACUGAUGACUACAAGAAUGACAGUCCAGACCUCAUUCAGCGAUCCAAGGAUAUCUUCGAUCAUCAGGUUUACGCCGGUGACCCACACAUCAAGUCUUGGCUUGUCAUUGCUCAUGAUGCACACGAACAGACUGUCCACAAUCUCACGGAACACAUGCUCAAGACCAUGAAGAGACUCGGCUAUCGCGGCAUCACUGUCGGUGACUGUCUCCGUGACCCACGCCCCCUCUGGUACCGAAAGGAUACCCGGAUGCCCACCCACAAGCAGAAGCCCAAGAAGACCGCCUCCGCUGAUCCCAACAAGCCCAUAUCUUUUGACGGCUCCUGUGGUUCCAACUAUACUUGUAUGGGGUCUAGCUUUGGCUAUUGUUGUGGGAGCACCCAUUCCUGUGGAAACACUACUACUCAUUGCGGCACCGGCUGUCAGAAGGAUGCCGGGUAUUGUGCAGUCGAGGCCCCAUCCAAUGGCGAUGCAUGGGAUCCAACGGUUCAUACCAAGGGGAAAAAAUCCGAAGCAGACUCUAACUCACGAACAAUUGGCACCGCAGCUGCGAUAUCUUUGUUCCUUGCCUUGAUCGUUGCCAUGUGGAUGUGA